AUGAACGGAUAUUCGGUGGUKAUGAUUUCUUUAUGAGUUUGUAAUAAGAUCUAGUCUAUUCACCUUGUAAAUAUGCCCGAAACAGAGAAUCCUCGAGCAUUCGUUCGCCCAAAACCACUACCUCUUCCAAGUCACCGUGGACUUAAAAUAACAGCCCGUAAUGCUAGGAUUUAUACGUGUGAAGUACCCACAAGAAAGCAAGUCGCACACGACAAUUAUGCACGACGAAAGCACCAAAUGACAAAGUGUGGUUACAGGUCUGUCAACUAUAAACCUUACCAAUGUGUUGGAGAAGUAGUUCUGAACGAUAAGAAACUUAUAAUGUCGGCACUGGGACAAGAUCACGAUCAAAUCACAGAGUUUCAGGAAAGUGAUUCUUCAUCAAGUGACUAUGACUCAGAAGGCGAAAUCACGCAGGCCAAGACCGCAAUGACAAGAAUUCAACACCAACCAACCGCAGCUUCACAAGCUACCAGCUACAAACCAAAACAAAUCAACGAUAUCCGAGCACAGGUUUCCAAAGGAAGAAAAAUGAUCAAUGCCGUCAAGCUUGGCUUUGGAUUGUACCGUAUCGUCAAGGACGAACAAGAACUUAAGCAAGCUGUUGCUGAAGAAGAAAGAAGAAAAAAAGAAGAAGCUGCAAAGAAUGAGAUGAGACCACCCUCGUCGGAUGGGGAAAAUACCGACGAUGAAGACAUAGAUGCUGAGUUAAAGAGUAUGUUUGUCGAGCUUUCACCCGGUCCAACGUCAAAUAUGGAAGACGAUUUCAAAGAACAGUUUCUUGAUGUAAGAGAGUCGACAGCUGAGCGACCAGACAGCUCAAGCUCGACCGCAAGCAGCCAGCGAUGGAAAAAAAUUAAUUCAGCGUUGAGUGCAGCAAACCCACUCGGUGCUCCUGUUGUUCACGUGACUGAUACAUCACAGGAGGCACUGGAUGAGUUAGAUCGAUCCAUGACAUCAAACCAUUUCAUGACGGAACGACGGAACAUUGCGAGUGCUCCUUCUGGUCAUAGGAGCUAUUUGGGCUGCGCAAAGUCCUCCGUGUCCUUGUCUUCUCGAGGUAGUCGUCGAUCAAGGAAGCAGAAAAAUGCUCGACCGUAUUCUCCACUUUACAGCAAUAUUAACUACAAUGACAGCACAGACAGUCGAACGCUGCGUUUGAUAGGAAUACCGAAGAAACAGUUUCUCAUCAGAUCGCAGAAAAAAGCCAAGAUGAAGCACCACCGGCUACGUUCAAUGAGCCCGUCACACGUGCUACCGGCGCGCCGUCCGAGACCCAGUACCCCUCUUCUCCAGUUAAUGGCUCGCCUACAGAGAAAAAGACUCGUUUUAUAAGGCAGAAAUCAUUUACUGUCACAACCGUCUAUAACACCAAUGCUAGUCGGGCUAUGCACAAACUUAGGGCCAAAAACAGAGCUGCAAAAGCAUUUAAAAGUUCAUUGUCGCAAAAAGAACUCGAUAAACUAUCACAAGAUGAUCAACCAAGUCGAAGCGAGUCUCGAGUGAGUGCCUGGGUUCAAGCAACAGGUAAACGGCAAAUUGAUCACAUAACUAUCUCGUGCGGCAACGUAGGUGAGCUUUCAGGAAUUGAAUUAGCAAUUCCCACUAUUAACAUCUUUAUUGUUGAAGAGUUUUAUAUUUAUUACCUGUUCUCCAGUGGAACCACCACAAUGGCGUCCAUUUUUAUCUCGUGUGCUUUAUAG